CAAUUAGAACUAAUCACACCUUUUCAGCUGUACUUCAACCCUGAGCUAAUAUUUAAGCACUUUCAAGUAUGGAGGUUAAUCACCAACUACUUAUUCUUUGGACCAGUUGGCUUUAAUUUUUUAUUUAACAUGAUCUUUUUAUACCGUUACUGCCGAAUGCUUGAGGAAGGCUCUUUUCGAGGUCGGACGGCAGAUUUUGUAUUCAUGUUCCUUUUUGGAGGACUUUUAAUGACUCUUUUUGGCCUCUUUGUGAACUUGGUUUUCUUGGGCCAGGCUUUCACAAUAAUGCUCGUGUACGUGUGGAGCCGCAGGAAUCCCUAUGUCCGUAUGAACUUUUUUGGUCUUCUCAUCUUUCAAGCCCCAUUUCUACCCUGGGUAUUGAUGGGCUUUUCACUGCUGUUGGGGAACUCCAUCAUUGUGGAUCUCCUGGGCAUUGCUGUUGGGCAUAUAUAUUUUUUCUUAGAGGAUGUCUUUCCCAAUCAGCCUGGUGGUGGGAAGCUUCUGAGAACACCGUCUGUCCUCAAAGCAAUAUUUGAUACACCAGAAGAUGACCCCAAUUACAAUCCUUUGCCAGAAGAACGACCGGGAGGAUUUGCGUGGGGAGAAGGUCAACGCCUUGGAGGCUGAUAAGUGUCUGUGCCAAAACCCAGUGAGAGCUGGGAGAGACUGACCUGAGCAAAGAUCCAUACUGGGGACCCCUCAUUCCCCAUCGCAGAAAGGACACUUUUGACAGCUCUAUGGUUUCGAAUACAAGCACUUUAUGCAGUCUAAUCCAAGACACUUCCAGACUACCAAUGUCUUUCCCAGUCAGGGAAUUUAUUGUGCUGGUAAUGAAAAUACAAAUCCAGUGGAGCCAAAAACCUAAAACUGGAAACCAUUUCCUGUCAGUUCCAGUUAACAAGACCACGAGUACUUGUUUGAAGUGAUUUCUAAAGUGGUUUGUUUUUUUCCCCAAGUUAUUUGAUACAGGAAUCUAUAUGGGAAACUUUACAGGAGACAAACCCAACUUUUUUGGGGUUUAACUCAUUUUUUUAUUCUUGGAUAAA